GAUACUUUUUUCGUGAGAGGCAUUGACAGCCUUAAGUGAUGUUUCUGUAUAGCUCAAUGUUUAUUAUAUUCGGAUUAUUUUUCAUACUUUUUUGUGACACAACGUUAGCAAAAUGUAAUAAAAUCAGCUUUUGCACUUGCAUCGUUCCUGGUAAUGAAGUUAAGAAAUUAAUUGAUCUUGUAGACAAUGGAAUAUUAGAUAAGAAAUUGUCUCAUACAUUGUAUAUUGAUCUUUGUGCAAAUGUAACACUAAAAACUAAAGAGAAUGAAUUCCAAUGUACUAAACAAAAUGGAUCGUUCUGUGCUACUAAUUCUUACAAGAAAGAAUUUACUGACUUAGGAAUUGUGAAUCAGUCAAAUAUAAAUUUGGUAUUAGGGUAUAAUAAUAUAUCAAUAUCCAUAGUUAAUCCAAAUUCAAAUUCGACUGUUAAGACAACCGUUAGUUGCUGUACAGGGUGUACCGCGAAACUUGUUUCCGAUACUAUUACUUAUCAUGUUCCACCAUUAGGGACAAUAAAUCCAUGUAAAAAACAAAUGUCUGCUGGCACUGUUUCUAUAGGAUCUACUUUAGUAAUUCUACUAUUUGUGUUUAGCGGAUUAUAUUUUAUCGGUGGUGCGAUAGCAUUGAAGUUGUUAAGAGGUGCAACCGGUUGGGAAAUGUUACCAAACCAUGAAUUCUGGUGUGAUCUUCCAUCGCUUAUUCGAGAUGGCAUUACUUUCACAUUUAACUGCUGUAGAGCAGAUAGUUACGAAAGAAUAUAAAUCUCUAAGGCAAUUCUAUUUAUAUUAUUUUUUUAUACUAUACCUAACAUGUACAAACUUGGCCCUAAUUUAUACAUCUUUAAAUAGUAUGUUUAUAAAUAACCGAGACGUUAGAACUUUCUCUAGAUUUUUAAAUUGUGACAUAUCUGUGCUAUAACAUUUGAUAAUGGAGAUAAAAGUUAUUUAAUAUAACAUAUACAGUUGCUUGUUACUAAUGUAAUUUAUGAUCUAAAAAUUUUACUAUUUUGUGAAUAUUAAUUAUUUUACAUAUUUUUUACAGUAUAUUCAUACAAGCAUGUACAUGUAUUCAUAUUCACAUAGUAACACAUACUAUGCACACACGAGAUGAAAUAUGUGUGUGUGUAUGUGUGUGUAUAUAUAUACACAUAUAUUUUAUUAUUUUUUGCCUACAUAUAUUACCAUGUACAUACUAUAAAUGAGAGAAUGUGAUAUUUGUUAUGGAUUUAACAUAUAAAUUUUAGUAUAUAUUAUAACAUUAAGAUACAAAAGUAAAUUUCAAUCGAGUUUCUUUAAGCGAAAGACAAUGUAAGAACAAUAAAGAAUGCUAACAUGAGAUACCAAAAA